UCAAACGCGAGCGAUAGGCUAAACAUUGAAAACAUGAGCGUUCAUCCCGUCAUACACAUAACUGCGAUAGUUGUGGUGUUGUAGCAGGGAUAUCUGUUGUAUGGCUGUUGUUCGCCUGUGAAGGAGAUGUGGCACAACAGUGAUACGGUGGAGGUAUAUAGCUAUCCUAGAGCAGUGGUGUGAUUACUCUGGGUUCACUAAGCUGUAUUGUGUCACCACCCGAAAUAAUAUGAAAAUGGCGCAAUGACACUGUAUCCGACACACGACGGGCGAUGACGUCACAUGAGCCACCUGAUCGACGGAUUAUACUGAACCUUGACCCCCUAAACUCAGGUCAUCAGGCAGCUGACACGGCAGCCUAUGACAUGACUGUGUAACUGGAUCGUCACAUGAACGGACGUUAGGAGGGGAGUAAGGAUGACAGAGUCUACCCCUCUGAUAACGCCAAAAGGAGGAAAGGACGGCGACGUACCGUGCCUGUGUUCACAACGAUGGCUACUUGCAUAUGUUGGCUGCUUCGGAUGCAUCAUGCUCUACUCCGCCCGUACCAACCUGAGCGUCGCCAUCGUGUGCAUGGUCAACGACACCGAAACCAAUUCCACGUCGCCGAUGUCAGAGCAUGCCGAGUUCUACUGGACCAAGGGAGAGCAGUCAGGAAUACUCAGCUCGUAUUUCUAUGGAUACAUAAUAACACAAAUUCCCGCGGGAAUACUGGCCAGUAAAUAUGGCGGAAAGUACGUCAUGUUUAUCGGGAUGUCCAUUGGCUCGAUCGCCUCACUGCUUCUACCAAUCGGCGCCCGGACUUCCAUCUACCUGGUGUAUGUGCUGCGUGUGAUCCUUGGAGUGUCUCAGGGAGUCUUGUAUCCAUCUCUACAAUCCAUGUGGGGCAGAUGGGCGCCGCCAUUAGAGAGUACAAAACUCACUGCUGUCUGUUAUUCAGGAAACCAGUUUGGUAACAUAGCAACGUUCGCUAUAUCAGGGUUCAUGUGCAUAUAUGGCUUCGAUAACGGAUGGGGGUCAAUCUUCUAUGUUACAGGUGGUAUAUCUCUGCUAUGGUGCGGGCUGUGGUAUAUAACGGUCGCCAGCACACCGGCUGAACACCCUCGUAUCACGAAGAGAGAGAGGAACUACAUUAUCUCCAGUAUAGGGGAAAAACAAACGUCAUACUCGACGCCAUGGGCCGCCUUGUUGAAGUCGCCGGCGACGUGGGCUUGUCUAGUUGCACAAGUGUGUGCAAACUGGAUAUCGUACACACUGCUGACUAACUUGCCGACAUACCUCAAAGAAGUGCUGGAUUUUAAUAUAGCCGAGAACGGCUUGCUGUCGUCCAUUCCCUAUAUGAGCCAGGCCGUGACUGGAGUGUUGUCUGGUCAGAUUGCCGACUUCUUCCGGUCAAGGAAAUACCUGAGCACCACAGCCACCCGAAGGAUCUUCCAGACCAUCUCGUUUGUUGGGGCAGGUGCGUGUCUGGUCGGGACAGGAUUUGUGGGCGUAGAGCACCGCUACAUCCCCAUUGUUUUGUUAACUCUAGCAAUGGGGUUUGUUGGGAUGGCGUCUGCUGGCUACCUUGUCAACACUGUUGACUUCGCUCCAAGAUACGCUGGUAUACUGUUCGGUAUAACUAACGCUGCUGCCACGGUCCCGGGAAUGGUGGCACCUCUCGUCGCCGGUGCCCUCACCCCAAACAAAACCCAGGAAGAAUGGCGGAACGUCUUCUACGUGUGUGCAGGGUUCUGUGUCAUAGGAAUUGUGGUGUUCGGCACCAUGGCCCGUGGGGAGCUGCAGCCCUGGGCCGUGGACAAGGUGGAGGUGGACGUGGGGGAGGGGCAGGAUGACCCCGAGGUGUCGGACAGGUCUCUAGAUUCCAAAGACAAUUUAGACAAGAAGGCAAUGAUAGACACGUCAAAUCAACUGUAACAUAUGGUCUCUGUUCAACUGGCAGAAAGUGGGUACCCGGUGGGACAAAUCAUGUGACUAUAACCUUCUAGCGCCUCACAGGCAGCUUGGGUUAUCCGGGGUAAUAAUGAACUGUCAGCGCUAUGAGCAUGCUGUCGAUGUGGAUGUGCGCAGUAUAAAUGGACAAAUUAUUAUUAUUUAUUAUUAUUAUGACACAUACCGGUGUCGUCGCUAAUCCAAAGUAACCCAUCAACAGUUGGUUACGAUGUGGCUGGAAUUCUGCAAUGGACAAUGCUACUUGCGGAUAUUCCAGGUGGACAAAACACUCAUAGUAUUUAAUUUGCCUGUUGUGGUAUUAUUCAUUUAUGAUGAUGAUGACGUCAGGUGCUCACACUGUCGUGUUAUUGAGGAAGAAAUCUAUGUUUUUUUAAGUACAGUUUUCCUCUAUUUGAAAGUCGUCGGGAAAUGUUUAUCCCAAAGAUAGUUAACCAUUAUGCUUGUGUUUGAAAAGGCUGUCAAUUACCAAACAGUCAUACAUUUUGCAAAGGCAUGAAAGAGGCAACAGUGAAAUAAAACAUAUAUUUUGUACAAAUAGUCAACCGGUUUUAUAGAAAUAUAUUUUGUCUCUCA